UUUACUUUGGGCAGUUGCUGCAUUGAUCCACUGAAUUUCUGUGCCAGUCCUUGAGAAGUCAAAGUAGAAAUUGCUCUAUGGCAGAUGCAUAACAAAAUUGGAACUGGCGGUUCCAACACUUGUAAUCAUUUGACACUUGCAUAAACCACUGAACAUAAAUCGGGCUCCCAGUUGCAGUAUCCAUUACAUGCCUUUUAGUGCUGGUAAUUGUGCAUGGUCACUUCUCUUAGCAUGCCAUGCCCAUGUAGCCAUAGAUCACGUGUUGCGCCCCAUAACAACAGAGUCAUGCCCCUAACAAAGCACAUUGUUAACUAGUAGUUUCUUUCUGUGAGUACAACCAUUUGUAAAUCUGUACAAGCUGUGUUCAGCUGCUUCAUGUAUGGACUAACUGUAGAUAUAGUUUACAAGGUACCAAAACUGUUUUGUAGUAUGAGCAUUGCAGGUCGUGGUGUUAGGUGGGACUACAAAACUACACUCUGAAUUCUCGAUGUUCUCAUGUUCCUUUUUUUUUUUGAAACGGAGGCAAAAGAUAUCCUUUCUAUCCAAGUAAAUAUUUGAACUAAAUGUUUUUAGCAUGAACUGCAUUACUUUGGUUUUAUUUGUCAUAAAUAUUUCCUCAGUUUGCUGAUCUAAUUAAAAUGUGCCUUGGUAUAACUUACAAGUAGUAGUUUAGUAGAGCACUCUUAGCUGGUGAAGCACUUAUAUAUGACACAAUUAGGGCCAGUUCUUUUGGGCGGCUUAAAAAAUAAGCUGCCUCUCCCCAGCUUAAAAAAUAAGCCGCUCCCAAAAUUCAUGGAGGCUUCUAGAUUAGUAAUCCCAUAACUAGUUCAGAAGUCCCAGUAAAUAAGGGAGGGGGCUUAUGACAAAAGCUAGGGAGGAGGCGGCUUAUUUUUUAAGCCGCCAAAAGAACUGGCCCUUAGUCAUACAAACUUUCCGUGCACCUUAAACUGUAACGCUUGGGGAAUGUGGCCUUGUAUGGAGAGACAGGGAUACUGAUACCCCAGGAGAUGUGCAAGGGUUGAGAGUUUGAGACCAUCGUGUGAAUCCAGCUAAUCGUAGUCGUGCGAUGAGAGACACCUCAUUGAUAAUAAACUAGAAAGAUUUUCCAUGGUCCAUGUUGCUCCAGCCUCCAUGCAUUCUCUUGAGUGGGAUGAGAGUAUUACAAUGUUCGUAAAUUCAAAUUUAAAACUGAUGCUUUGUGCAGUAUAAAAUGUGAAGGCGAAGGAUUCAGUCCUUGCUAGCAUCCCAAGUUAUUAUAUGUCAUGUUUCCUUUGGCCUAAGGAAUCCCUUAGUACGUUGGAAAAAUUGUUGAGGGCUUUUUUCUGGCAAGGCAAGAGCACAGUCAAGGGAGGCCAAUGCCUCGUUGCCUGGCAUUUUGUCACUCUCCCAAGAUCUGCAGGCGGUUUGGGCAUCAGGGACCUUCUUGCUCAUAACCAAGCUUUGCUCACCAAGUUUGCAGCUAGAGUUUUGCAGACCUCGGAAAUCCCCUGCUUUCAAUGGUUUGCCCAGCAGUACUGCAAGCUCUUUAUCCCUCUCAAAGGCUCAAAACCGUGACACGGCUAUAUGGAAAAACUUCAAACCUUUUAUUCCUACAGUGUUGGCAUCUUCCAAGUGUUCAACGGGUCCUGGCAAGCUUAUCUCCUUCUGGCAUGAUCUCUGGUUGUCAGCGGGGUGACUACGGUUCUUGUUGCCCGCCCUCUUCUCGUAUGCUAAAGAUGGUGCUUGCACGGUGGCCUCUCAGCUCUGCAACAACACCUGGUGCAUUCAACUGCACCCCAACCUGUCGGCCACUGCCGCCCAUGAACUGCAAAUGCUGCACUCUUUUCUACCCCAGCCUCCUACAGAUGCUGCAGUUUCCGGCUCAGACGUCAGAGUUUCUGCUAUACACCAUAAGCCACUGACUACUUCUCAAGUCUAUCAACUUUCUACCUUCAGAGGUGUGGCCUGUGAGUUCAGCUCCUGGAUUUGGGACAAGAUCAUGCCUCUGAGGUAUCGCGUCUUUCUCUGGCUGGCUUUUUGGGGUCGACUCAACACACGAGAUAACAUGAUUCGGAAACAUUGGUCCCUACUUACCGAGCACCAGGACUGUGACAUUUGCCCUGCCAGCGAGUCUGCCAGCCACAUUGUUCUGCGCUGCUUCCCGGCUUCUGUUAUCUGGGCCACGUUCCAUAUGAACGACCUUGCCUCUAGCUCCACGGACAUCGUUCAUUUUAUGCACAGAGCUCAGCAAGCUUGGAUCAACUCUAGAGGAGUGCACAUUCUUUUCGCUGCGGCGGCAGUUACUCUCUGGCACGCGAGAAACGACAGAAUCUUCAACAACAAAAGAUGGCCCCCGUCCUAUCUCAGAAGGGAGGUUCACGACGAAGUAAGUCAAGCAAGGCAGAAGGCUUCAACGAUGAAACACCGGCGACAAGAGCAGGAGUCGGCUCGUAGAGAGAAACUCAGGCAAGCUUUCCUCAAGAAGCGCCUUGACAAGUUGAUGGCUGAAAAGCAAGCAUCUUCAGCGAGUGAUGACCAACCAAAUAGCUAAUCGAGAUUUUGUAUGUCUUACACUUGUGCCCAGGAAGCAGUUGUUGUAGUUCAUGUGGUAAUGGUUCAUGCAACUGAAAAUGAGAAAACUUGCCCUGCAUGUGAUCUCUUGAUCUAGCGAAAUCAAAUUCAGAAAAUUGUCUUGGCAUGUACAGUCGGUUCAUCAUCAUAUUGUUAUACAAUUAUGCAACGUAGAUGCAAUUUGAAUCUUC